UAUUCCCCCUAACUACGUUGGCUCUCCCUCUCCCUCUGUAUCUCGCUCUGCUGUCUCUCCCUCUCUGUGCGAAUAGGGCUUCUCUGAUCUCGUUUUGCGAUACUUAGUUUAUGCGGUUCGAGUUCCCCAGAUCAGGAUUCUGCUCGCUGUUUGCUCCCCAUUGAUCUAGGUUUUGCUCAUUCCGGUAUUUUGAUUGGAUGAUCAACUGUAGAGCCCAGACAAGGCUGUUGACAUAUUGAUAUGUGGUUUUGUUUCUCAUAUAUAUGAACUCAGGGUAGGUGCCGUGUGGGUGCUGUUGGCAAGGUUGCUGAAUCAUCAUGCUGAGUAAUUGAUUGUUUAUAGUUAAUUUGAGGUCAAUGAGCAUCCUCUGGUAUUAUUUUGGAAGCUAUUUCUAUUAUUCUCCUUAAUUCUGGGAAGGAAGAGUACACUCUACUAGAGGAAUUUUUUGUAUCCAUGCUGGCUGAGAGCAUGCGUGGAAUCUGUGCUUCGGGUAAUGCCCCUGACGAGAUUUUCUGCCGAUGCAUUCGGUGUGGUGACAAUUUGUCUAGUUGCAUUCUUAAUUGUACUUGGUUUGCUCUGCAUUAUUUACUCGGUCUACUUCCGGUCUCGUAUUCGUAGCUCAGGUUGUAUUCAACUCAGUUACUUUAGUGGUCCUUGGAUCAUCCGGAUUACAUUCAUCUUGUUUGCAAUUUGGUGGGGUUUUGGUGAGGUGAUACGGCUAAGUUUGUCGAGACGUGCUCUUAACUUGAAAUGGCAGGAAACUGUUUGCAAAGGCUACAUCGUCUCAAAUCUGGGGUUUGCAGAACCUUGCCUCUUUCUCACCCUCGUGUUUCUCCUGCGAGCACCCUUGCAGAAGACACAGUUGGGAAUUCUAAACGGAAGAUGGAAUGGGAAAACAGCAGGUUAUGUUCUUCUCUGCUGCCUUCCUGUGUUCACUCUUCAGCUCUUUGUUAUUUUAAUUGGACCCCAGUUAAACAAGGAUAAGAGUUACCUGAGAAAGCUGCCCCAUUACUUUUUGAGUACGGCUGCCACUUCUAGGACGGGAAGAACUGAUGAUAUGGCCCUCUGCACUUACCCCUUACUGAGUACCAUAUUCCUAGGGAUUUUUGCCAUGAUCCUCACUGCCUACUUGUUUUGGCUUGGAAGUCGGAUAUUGAAAUUGGUCAUCAAUAAGAGUUUGCAGAAGAGAGUUUACACAUUGGUAUUCUCCGUUUCAAGUUUCCUACCAUUGAGGGUUCUUUUCCUUGGUUUAUCUGUUUUGUCUAAACCAGAGCAUUUUCUGUUUGAAACUCUUGUUUUGCUGGCUUUUCUUGCCCUUUUAUGUUGUGCCGGGCUGUGUAUAUGCAUGCUUGUGUACUACCCAGUUGCAGAUUCUUUAGCCCUGGGAAAUCUACAGGACAUAGAGGCUAGGAGGGUUGAUGAUGAUCACAAUGAUGGCAUCUCUCUUAUCGCUAACCAUAGCCAUCCUGAAGAAAGCAGUCAAGUUAGUCCAAGUAGAAAUUCUGAUGCGUCAACAAAGCGGGGAUCGAUAUCUUUCCGGACUUUUGAGAAAGAUGGGACUUCAACAGGGGCAUUCGUAGAGCUGAGUCUGUUCUCUCAUAGUAGGGAUGCAACCCCACUAGGAUCGCCUCCACAUCCUGGCUGGCCAAUGCGUGCUUCUGUACAAGUUCCUGCACCCUAAAAUCAAGGGAGAAUUCGAGUACUUAGUGAAUAUCAAUUUUGUGUUAAAGAAAAACUGAUUGUAAAGGAUGUAGCUGAAAUAAGGAUAUUAAUUCUUGGUUUGUUUUCUAAUUUUAGGUAUGAUGGUUUUGCUUGGGAGGAA